AUGGCCGCCGAGAACACCUUCGACGACAAGGCUGCCACUUGGGAUCAGAACCCUGGCCAUCAGCAAUCGACCUCGAUUGCGGCAGAGGCGUUGAAGGGCAGCGGCCUGCUCCACCCUGGAUCCACUGCUGUCCUUGACCUGGGGUGCGGCACCGGGCUGCUGGCAGAGAAGAUUGCCGACAGCCUGGGCGCGCUUGUGGGGGUGGACACCAGCCCGGGCAUGAUUGCGGCAUUCCAGAGGAAGGCCGAGGCGCGCGGCGAUGGCAAGCUGCGCUGCGUGCUGGCGGAACUGACGGGACCAGAGUCUCUCACCAGCUCCACGCCCGCAGAUGGCGGUGCAGCGGUACCGGAGCAAUACGACCUCGCCAUCUCCCUCAUGACCUUCCAUCACAUCCAGGACAUCGCAGGCACGCUGCGGCUGCUGAAGCACCACUUGAAGCCGGGGGGCAGCGUAGCGAUAUUUGACCUGCUCGCAACCCCCGCCUCGAUCAGGUUUCACAGCCCGGCGCAUUCUCACGGCCUGUUCCAUCGUGGAGGCUUCUCGCUGCAGGAAAUGGAGCAGCACCUGACGGAGGCUGGCUACACGGCCGUCGAGGCCAGGGCGGUGGGCAGCCUGCAGAAGGCGGCGUUUGAUGGGGAGGGGGAGAUGCUGGAGUUCCAGCUCUUCAUGGCCACGGCCACUGCUGGGUGA